UGAACCAGUUCAUCAUCAUCAUCAUCAUCAUCAGAUGUCUUCGUUCAGUGACAGCAGUGACGCCACAUUCUGGUCAUGUAAAUACAAAGAACAAUUUCCCAUGGUCCAUUGCAAAGACUGUAUAACUGAGCAGAGAAGAAAAAGAUUAGAAAUAGAAGUAACAUUUCCAUUUAGUGGCAAGAAUAUGAGGAGAUGUUCUGCAACAAGUUCCUGUUAGUCAUCAUGUCAAACCUCAGCAGAGCCAAUCAGAUCUCCUCUCCAUUCAUCCUGAUUGGGAUCCCAGGGAUGGAAGAGAUGCAUGUUUGGAUCUCAAUACCACUGUGUUGCAUGUAUAUAGUAACCAUUUCAGCCAACAUUACUGUUCUUCUUAUCAUAAAAGCUGACAGGAGGCUUCACCAGCCAAUGUACCUGCUCCUUUCCAUGUUAUUAGUCACUGACCUUGUCCAAUCAAAUGCCGCCAUUCCCAAGAUGCUGCUGCUCUUCUGGUUCAAGCUAAGAGACAUCACUUUUGGGGAAUGUCUAGUACAGAUGUUCUUUAUCCAUUCUUUGUCCUUGAUGUCGACUUCUGUACUAGUGACUAUGGCCUUUGAUCGUUAUGUGGCCAUUUGCCACCCACUGAGAUACUCCACCAUCCUGACCAAUUCCAUGAUUGCAAAACUGGGACUGUUUGUGAUAAUAAGGGGGACAUUAGUGAUAUUUCCUCUCCCAAUGCUUGUCUUAAGGCUCCAAUUUUGUGGGAAUCGUGUCAUUGAACAGACUUACUGUGAGCAUAUGGCGGUGGUAAAGCUUUCGUGUGGCGAUAUCAGAAUCAACUCUGUGUAUGGGCUAAUUAUUGCUUUGCUAGUGGCAGGAUUAGAUUCAAUAUGUCUUACUGUGUCCUACACCAUGAUUAUAAUGACUGUGCUGAGACUUCCCAACAGAGAAGCCAGAUAUAAAGUUGGUAACACAUGUGCUGCCCAUGUUGGUGUUAUCUUAGUGGCAUAUAUCCCAGCCCUCUUCUCCUUCAUGUCUCAGAGAUUUGGGGCUUCUUCGACCCUAUCUCUUCAAAUCCUUAUUUCCAACAUCUACCUGAUCAUUACUCCAAUGUUGAAUCCAAUCAUAUAUGGUAUAAAAACCAAAGAGAUUCGCAAGAAGGUGUCAAAAUUAAUUUCCCUCUCAUAGAAGCAUCUAUGAAAUGUCCCUCACAGGCAAUAUGUUCCAGAUCUAGUGGCCAAGAUGUCAUAUAGCCAAAGUAAUGAUACAGACACAUGGCUAAACUAUUUCACUUGAGCCGUGGAGGUGAAGAUCCCAUGAUCAUCCUGUAGACAAAGGCCUGUUCUUCUGCACAAAAUCUCAAUCAAUUGAUGGACCAAAGCAAAGAGAAAUUUUGAUGGAAAUUUAAUUGCUUAAAAUAUGGACCUAAAUCAUUUUUAGAUAGAACAAUAUACUUACACAAAGCCUAUAUUCAUAGUUUAUUUUACAUAGUUUUUUCUCAUGGGGCAAUAAUAUGUCCCAUCCAAUGGUGAGGCUUUGUUUAGACCUCAGAUAGUACAUACACUGUAAUAUAAAUCAGCUUUUAUGGAUUAAAUUAACUAUUGAUAAUGGCAGAGGUAUGCUAAUAAUGAAUAACAGAGCACUGAAUAUAUAUAUAUAUACAGGUAUGGGACCCAUUAUCCGGUAACCUGUUAUCCUGAAAGCUCUGAAUUACA